AUGCCCCGCGCUGGGCUCUGCAGCAGCCGCGUGCUGCCCCUGCUGCUGGCCUACAUCUGCUACCUGCUGCUCGGGGCCACCGUCUUCUGGCUGCUGGAGAAGCCAGCGGAGGCCGAGUCCAGGGACCAGUUUCAGCUGGAGAAGCUGCACUUCCUGGGGAACUACACGUGCCUGGACCGGUGGGCCCUGGAGCAGUUUCUGCAGGUCAUCUUGGAAGCCUGGGUGAAAGGCGUGAACCCCCAAGGCAACUCCACCAACCCCAGCAACUGGGACUUCGGCAGCAGCUUCUUCUUUGCGGGCACGGUGGUCACCACCAUAGGAUCCGGGAACCUGGCACACACCAAGGCCGGCCAUGCCUUCUGUGACUUCUAUGCCCUGGUGGGCAUCCCGCUCAACGUGGUGUUCCUCAACAGCCUGGGCAGGGGGCUGCACGGCUAGCUGGCCACCCUGGAGAGGUGGAAGGAAUGGCCCCUGCGCUCCCAGCUCCUGCAGGUCCUGGGCCUGGGCCUGGGCCUGACCCUGGGGUCCCUGGCCAUCCUCGUCUUCCCGCCCAUGGCCUUCAGCCACGUGGAGGGCUGGAGCCUCAGCGAGGGCUUGUACUUCACCUUCAUCACUCUCAGCACCAUCGGCUUCGGGGACUACGUUGUGGGCAGGGACCCCAGCAAGCUCUAUGUCUCGGAGUACCGGAGCCUGGCUGCCCUCUGGAUCCUCCUGGCCCUGGCGUGGCUGGCGCUGCUCUUCUCCCUGGGCCCCGUGCAGCUCUGGCCUGUGGCCUGAGGAAGGGCCAGCCCCUGACCCUGCAGGACUCCCCAGGCCUCUGAAGAGUUCCAUCUCUGUGUGACGCUCCCCACUGGCCCAGCAGCCCCCCAGCAUCUCCAGCCCAGGCUGUCUGCCCUUGGGGUUUCCCCCUCCAAAUCACCUGCUCCCCAGCUGGGGCCCCCCCAGAGCUCUGCAGAUGGGACGGGGAAGGACACACAGAGGAGCUUCAGGGACAGGGUCACGCCGGGAUGGAUUCAACCUACACCUGCUCCCAAGGGCCCUCCCUGCCCUCAGAGGUGACCUGGAAAAGUCACCCGGACUGGAUCCCUGUGGCCAGAGCUCUGUCACCCUCUCCACUCACCUUGGACACCUUAGACGGACAAAGGUGGCGGUCACUGUCUUACUGGAGAGGUGCACAGCAUGCAUCUGCCAAGAUCUCCUAGGUGCCAGGCAUGGCACCAGGUCUGGGGGUGCAGCAAGGUGCAUCCUGCCCUUGCCGAGCCUGUGGCCCUUCCUCUG